AUGCCGCGCAGCGCGGAGGCUGUGGAGGAGCUGGCGCGACGCUACUACCUCACCACAGCGCUUGUGGAAGAAGCAGGGCGCCUUUUUGAUGCGUACGCCGAAAGCGGAAGUGCUCAGCCAGCGAAGUGCAACACGGAACCCUUCAUUACGGUCUCGGGGCUGCAGCGGCUCAUGGCGAAGAUGGGCACCUCACUCUCGCAGCAGGAAGUGGUGGAGCUACUCCGCUUCUUUGGCAGCGCCGCGGCCGUCCCUUUCCAGGAAGAAGGUGAGUUGUCGGAGGCUCUGGCCAAUAGUCAACAGUCACCGAUCGGCAAGAGGGGUUCCUUUACAGCGGCGACAACGGCGCCUGCAAGUUCGCAGCCUUCACGCCAACGACACAAGAAAAGCGGCGCAAUGGCACGGAAGACUGACGCCAAGAAUGCCUUUGCAUCCUCACCAGCCCUUGCCCUAGACCACAAUGCAGGUAAUACAGCCAGCGGUGAUGCUGCAUCUGCGAGCUCAUCGCCGUCGACUGCGCCGCUCAUCAUCGUGUCACCUCCCUCCGCCGUGACCACGGAUGGCAUGAGCUUUUCCGCCUUUUUGUACUUUCUUUUGGUGUAUCCUGAGCUGGCUCAGCGGGCCUCGGCGAAAGCAGCCACCACAUCAGCGUUCGGCGCUGCUGCGCUCAGCGGCCUCGAUGUCAACGUUCCAGAGCUCUUUGCGACAAUCGACACGGACGCGGAUGGGGUAUGGGGCGUACACGACCUCCGCUACGCUGCCGAGGCGUGCGUGAUGGAAGAUGGCGGACUCCUUCAGGACGACCCCGAUCUAUGCCGCUUGGUAGAGAUGCAUCCAGCAGAGCUUGCCGCUGCCCUUCACGAGUUGGACAUUGAUGGAGACGGCGUUGUGACGGUAGACGAUGUGCGCCAUGCACUGUAUUACUGA